AUGGGCGGCCACGCUGUAUCGCCCGGCGGGGCGCUGCUUCGCUCGUCGCGCAUGUUCUCCAUGCCCAAGCCCCUGCCUGAGCCGCACGCUGGCCUCCAGCACAUGGCCGACCGCAGCUCCAAGUCGAUGACGAGGGCGCAGCCGCGGAUGCAGUCCGUCACCACGCCGCUGUCCUCGCGGCAGCACGGCGACUGGGGCUUCAAGCGGUCCUUUCCUCUCAAGACGACGCUCAACACCUCGACGCCGCUCAUCCGCCUCAAGAACAUUGACGCCAUGGAGAACGUGACCGACUUCGAGUCCGCCGCCGACCACACGCUCUCGCUCGAGAAGUUCCAGGAGCUCCGCGUCGCCAUGUCGAUCCCCAAGCGCCGCCACGAGGCCGGCAGCACCACCCUGCGCGAGACGCCCGGCCACAGGUCCGUCUUCGAGGAGCGCUUCGACGUCACCAACGGCGACGGCCGCGCCGACCAGCACCUCCGCUGGAAGUACGACGGGCCCUGGCUGGCCCGCAUGACCGAGGGCGAGUUCCUGCGCUACCUCGACCGGCAGGUCCGCCCGCAGCGCGCCCAGUUCCGCGCGCUGCUGCGCAAGGGCCUGGCCGAGGACAUCACCGCGCGCCAGAACAGCUACGCCAUGGAGAAGGGCGUCGACGCGCCCCCGCCCGUCAGCGCCCCCGACAUCACCGAGGCGCAGUUCACCGAGUACCUGCGCGCGCUGCGCAACGAUCGCGCCGUCCUGUACGCCAUCGUCUCCAAGUUCCUCGACCUCGCGCCGCUCGGCCAGCCCGUCGGCGUCGUGCAGAGCCUCUUCCCGCCGCUCGCCGAGAGCCCCUGGGGCAAGGCGGGACCACCCACGACGCACCCGUCCGCAGGCAUCAGCUACCUGCGGACGUUCUCCGUCAUGGAGAACCACCCGGUGUACGGGCCGCAGGCGCGCCGUGCACCCACGCUGGCCCGCCUCAUCAGCCCGCGGUCCAUCAACGCGCCGCCCAGGCUCGGCGUCGCCGGCUUCGUGGCCGACCCACCGCCCGGCGACAACGAGUUCAACACCCGCGUGCCCCGCGGCAAGGCCGGCUCGCGCCUCGUGUCAAACGGCAUCGCCAACCUGGACACGACCACGUUUGGCGGCGCCAAGACGUACAUCGAGCCCGUGACGGCCAGCGUGGACCCAAGCGGCCGCGUGAUACUGGAGCUGAAGGAGGCGGGCGCUGAAGCGCAGGUCAUCGCCAAGGAGAGCUGUGGCAAGAGCACCGUGUACCACGACCGGCCGAUGAAGCGCGAGCUGCGUCCGCAGGAGGCCGGCGCCGAUCCUGCAUCGCAAAGACUGCGGAAGGUGGCGGAUGAGAUUCUGCAGAAUCAGCGCUUAAACUGA